AUGUUCACGUCGGAUGUCCUGCAUCUUUCCGUUACGGCUCUCUUAUCUUGCAAGGAUCUGCUCUUGUCAGAUGAUGCAAAAGAGUUCUGUGUGUUUGGAGGAAAAUUCAUAAAGUUGUUAAGGAUUGAUCUUAACUUAAAAUCCGUAGAAUCUUCAAAAGAACAUUUUAUGACACAUUGGGUGAGAGAUUGUAGAUGGAUGGGAAUGAGAACACCAUCAAAUAACAACAACAGCAGCAGCAACAACAACAACAACCACGAUGACGUCAACAGCAUUAACAACAUCAACAACAAUGACAUCAGCAAUGGCAGCACCAACAGCAACAAAAGGAGUGAUGUCUUGGUCGUGUACAUGAGCAACAACACCAUUGCUACAUUUCAUCCAUGCAGUUUUAAUACAUUGAAGAUUUUUAUGUCUGAUGAGUCGUGCAUUUUAUACUCAGCCAAGCUCUUGAUAAGCAAUAAAUGGAAGAACAAGAUGGUUGCAUUGGGAGGAACUGUCUUCAAUCAGAUCAUCAUCUGGCCUGGCGUGAUAUCAGGCUUGGAUUGGUGCUGGAGCAGCAGGCAGCUCUGCAGUGUUUCCGACGAUCGUAGUGUCAGGGUAUGGAAGGUCGUUGUCAGCCCCCAGGCAGGUGCUAACCACGCUGGCGGUGAUGAUGAGGACGAUGAGGAAUGGAAAUUGUGGCGAGAUGCGAGUUUUGAACCAACGUUGGUCUUGUUUGGUCAUGUGGCUCGUGUUUGGAAGGCUCUCAUUCUCAAGGAUCAUUGUGUUGUCAGUGUUAGCGAGGAUGCCACGUGCAUUGUUUGGAGUCCUCAAGGUCAAAUUGUUGAGAAGUUUACAGGUCACAAGGUUAACAAUUUACCUCCAUUUGACACUAAGAAAGAUGAUUUUCCUCGAAUUCUCAGACUAAUUGACAGCACUAAGCUCCUCCUACUUUCAGACAAAGGCCUACUCAGUCUUUACAACGUGACGACCGAUAGAUGUGUGGUGUUGAGGCAGUUGGAGGACUAUACAUCGUAUAGUGUGCUGGAAAUUAACAGCAGGAAUGUUAUUGUCGUUGGAAACAUACGCGGAUCUGUCAUCUUAUUGAAAUUGCUAUCUGACGAUUCAGUUUCCGUGUUGUGUGAACGGAAGUUGUACGACGGCAAGGUUAGCAACGUCACGUGGAUUGGCGCGAGAGGUUUUGGUAUAAAACAAAUUCACAAUGAUUACGCAGAGAAGGAAAAAAAUUGUGAGGUGGAUAAUAAUAGUGGUGAUGUUGGUGGUAAUGGUGAUAGUGGCAAAGAAGAAGAAGAAGAAGUAGAAGGGAAUGGUGAUAACGAUGAUGUUGAAGAUGCAGAGAUAGGAAAUGAUGAUGACGACGAUGAUGAUAAAGACAGCAAAUAUGGCGAUGAUGAAGACGAUAGAGGCGAAAGGAUAUUUCGAAGUAGCAGAAAAUGCGAUGCUAAAGGAAUGAGUUGCACUGACUAUGAUGCAAAUUUUGUCUUGCUAACAUCAGGUCCUCAAGGACAUCUGAUCGUAUCGAGAGUUACUGGGGAUGUAGAAAGACCAUCAUCGUCAACCUCAUCAUUCUCUCUUCUUCCGAUAUCUCAUUACUCCCUCCCUCCGUCAACAUCUCUUCAAAAAUGGGUCACGGCAGCUUGUUUGGUGCCAUCUUCAUCGUCUUCAUCAUCAGCCCGUGGGGGGAUGUUAAUUUGUGGCGAUCGAGCUGGAAGCAUACACGUUUAUAAGCAUAUUGAUAAAGAAAUGAACGACCACAACGGACUCCAAACUGCACCACAACCACCGUCCAAAACCUACCACAAACUUUUUGGCACUUCAGGUGUCACAGACGUCCGUUGCCAUGGUGACCAGGUGUUCUGUUGCGGUCGGGAUGGCUACGUUAGGAUUUUUAAAGGAACGUGUCCAGAUGAUUUUCAGAUGAUCCACAUUUAUAGUGUUCACAAAGGUUUCACCUGGCUUUCCAGAUUUAUAUUCCGUGAUGAGGAUGUUAAUAAUAAUAUGAACUGGAGCAAAUCAAACGAUGAUGGGGAUGAGACAGAUGACGAUGAUUGCAAAGUCGAACAACCCUACAUAACUGGAUUCUAUUCUAACCAGUUUGUGGUCUACAGCCAAGUGAAGAGCAGGUUCCUGGUUGCGUAUCCGUGUGGCGGAGGGCACAGGAUGUGGGAUUUUGUAAUGGAUCGAAGGAAUAGAAAGUUGUGCACGUUGGCCUACAUAAAUAAGAGGCAGCCAAGUAUGCACGGUCUUGAGACCAAUUGCAUCCUCAAGCUUCCCUCCUCUGUACAUCAGGCAGGAUCUGUUGACAUGCUUCUGACAUCAGGAGAGGAUGGUUACAUCAAUCAGAUAGCAAUAUCAAACAGUAACAACAUCAACAACGUCAAUGUUACAAACGGGACAAACAACUUCACGAUAGAGGAUGUUCCAAAUACGUUGAAGGUUGUGACCUCGAUUAAAGGUCACUCAGCUGGUAUCAAAACCAUGACGUUGUGUUUGCUGUCCAAAAGAAGGUCACGUAGAAAACAAAUUUCCUAUGAUAGUAACAAUAUUGAUGGUAACUGUAGCACAAAUUACUCUACUAACAAUAAAAACAAUAGUAGUAGCAGUAGUGAAGCAAGUAAUUUCAGAAUGACAAAACAGUAUACUGAUGAAGAAGAAUUUGAUACUAAUUCGAAAGUUUUGUUGUUCACGGCUGGCUCCGGUUCAAUCAUUCGAGCUUGGAUGCUUCAUUUCGAUUCUAACAUCAUUUCAUCUGAUUUGACUCACUCAAACAUCAACAAAUACAACGACAAUGAGCUAAUAGAUCACAAGACAACAAUGAUAAGUAACAACAGCAGUGCAACAACAACCAGUGCAAUGAAUGCAACUAAACCAAUGAAAUCGUGGUUUCAACUGUUAAAUGAACAUAUAAUCGAUAAAAAAUACAAGAAGGGGGACAAGCCGUGGAAAAACUACAAGCUGAACACAGGUCUCGAAGCAAGGUACACAUCUAUUGAGUCCAUAUGUGCAUCUGAUGUCUUUGAUGUUUGUGGUGCUACAGACGUCCACGAUGAGCUGAAGAGACAUAAUUCAGCAGACUACGAACGUGUUGUUGAUGUCGUUAACGAAAGAAAUGAGAAUACAGAUGAUGUUUGUUCGAAGAUGAAACAACGUUUGGAGGAUUCUGUUAUUCUUGUUACUGGUUGUUCUCUGGGUUACGUGAGGAUUCAUCUGUACAGUUCGACUGAAAAUGAAUUUACAACAAUUUCAACAUCGGAUCAGCAUAAACACUGCAUUCUUAAGACCAAACUCUUUCAAAGCUGCUGUCACAAUUCUCCAAAUCAUGGCACAUGUAACAGCAGCAACGAUAGCACUUCCAAUAAUGUUAACGUAAAUAAUACUUGCACUGCCUUAAAGAAAAAUUUCUGGCUUGUCUCUGCAGCGACAAAUGGCCACAUAACGGUAUGGAAUUUGACUGAAACAAUCGUUCCACACUUCAAGAAGUCGCAUUUGAGGCAGAAACAAAAAGUUGAUAGGAAUGGAUUUAUUCGUGAGAAAGAGAGAUAUAACUCGUCUGAGCAUAUUUCACCAGAAAAAUUCAGCCCAGUUGCCAGCACGCGCCUCCAUCAAUCCGGUAUAAAUGCAAUAGAUGUCGUACAUUACGCAGGAGGUGAUAAGCAUUUGAUAUGCACUGGUGGUGAUGACAACAGCAUCGCUUUAGUCAUGUUCAAUGAAUCAAAUCAAUCGAUUGAAAGGUUGAGUCAGCUGUCUUUUGCUCAUUCCGCUCAGAUUACUGGAAUACGAUUUUUAGAUGCCGAUCACUUUGUUUCUGCUUCAAUCGACCAGAGGGUUGUGCUUUGGACAACAAAGGAUUUUCAGGUGAAGUUUUCUAAAUGCGUUUUUGUUGAUGUAAGUGACAUUCAAGAACUUCAAGUUGUUCCUGCAGAAAAAGCUGGUAGAUUCAAGAUAUAUGUGUGUGGUAUUGGACUGCAAAGAAUUUUUUUGCAAUUAUAA